ACUUUACCCUUCCACCUUCUGGUCCUCACCCUUUUUGCGGAGAUAUAAAAGCCGACGCUCGACGUCUAAACCCUAGCUCUUCUGCGUCUUCUUCAAGCCGACCGUCUCAGAUCGUCAGGCCAUCCAGGAAGGUAAUGGCUCCGAAGCAGCCGAACACUGGCCUCUUCGUGGGCCUUAACAAGGGCCACAUCGUGACCAAGAAGGAACUCGCCCCGCGUCCUAGCGAUCGCAAAGGAAAAACCAGCAAGAGGGUCCAUUUCGUGAGGAGCUUGAUCAGGGAAGUUGCUGGAUUUGCACCCUAUGAGAAAAGGAUCACCGAGCUUCUAAAAGUUGGAAAGGACAAGCGUGCUCUGAAGGUGGCUAAGAGAAAGCUGGGUACCCACAAGAGGGCAAAGAAGAAGCGCGAGGAGAUGUCUAAUGUCCUCCGCAAGAUGAGGUCUGCUGGAGGUGGUCACGAAAAGAAGAAAUGAGGGAUAGUUUGAAACUACUAAGUCCUUUAAAGUGAUCUUCGUGUUCAAUUACAAUCCGAAUAGUCUGCUAGCAGUUUAGAAAUUUCCCGUGAUUUGGACUAUUGAACUGGGAAGACCUAAAUUCUUGUAUUUCCAAGAAUGUCAUUUUUGCCAAGACAAUGUUUCUCGU